AUAAAAUUCAUAGUUACUAGCAGUUUCUGGGAUAAUCAGAAGAAGCAUUUUAAUCAAGCUGACCAGUUGAAUAUUAAAAAUAUGUGUUAACCGAUUUAAAUACAAUUGCAAAUCAAAUGGGAUGCUGUUCAUCAUCGCCAUACAAAAUAUGUUGCUCUCGAAACAAUCAAGAGACAAUAAGGUUGAUGACUUUUGGAUUAGAUGGAGCUGGUAAAACAUCAUUCGUAAAAUAUAUAUUAAAAGAUUCUUCAAGUGACAUUGUACCUACAAUCGGAUUUUCAUCGGUUGAUUUGAAAAAUUUUCAAAAAUUUAACGUUCAAGUGUAUGAUACUGGCGGUGGUAAAAACAUUAGAGACAUUUGGAUUAACUAUUUUCCGUUUAUUCAUGGAUUAGUUUUGGUGAUUGAUUCAGCUGAUACCAAAAGGAUUGAUCAGGUUAAAGAGAUUCUAGAAUCAGUUGUUUCCAAUCGUCGAAUCCAAGGGAAGCCUCUUCUUGUGUUAAUCAACAAACAAGAUGUUGAAGGCGCAAUGGAUGAAAAUGCUUUGGUUACCGCAAUCAAUCUCAAUUCAAUUGUCAACAAAUAUAAAAUUCCCACAAGAGUUGUAAGUAUUAAUGUAUCUCUAAUAAUUUGCAUCAUAAUAAAUUGUUUCUUUGCCAUCUUAUUAUCGACAGGAAAUCUUGCUCAUUAA